CCGGGAUGAGGCAAAAUGCCCGAAUCCUGUUCUCGAAUUCGACGGAAAGUGAAGGCCUCCAGCUCCGAAGGUCACGAGCAGCUUCUUACAUGAAGGCAGCGGAGGCUGCGCGCGUCAAGGAGCCCCAAUGGCCCGUCGGCGGGACGACAUUUCACAGCUCCACGGAAGCGGCGUUUGUCCUUCCCUCCACAGACAGAGUCAUAGAACAGAGACAUCACACUAGCCCAACUCGGCGACAGAGUAGAGAAAAGCGAGAACCUGUGGCAGUAUGGAGGGACGAGCAGAACAGAACAGAGCAGAGCAUGGUGCGUGAUGUAAAUCUGACCCUGAAGGCUCUGUACUUCAGGGUGAUUUUCGUCUCGUCGUCUUUCGAGGCGCCGAGACAUUCACAGCUUCACAUGCCCAUUUGAUCCCUGCCGUCGUCGGGAGAUGCUGACAAUAUCUGCGGACUAGCGGCGGGCAAGAUAGAUAUGGCCGGUCACUUUUCCAGCUGACUCCAGUCAAAUUAAACGGCGAUGCCACCCCGUAGCGAAGGAUGAUAAAGGUUUUAUUGCUUUCUACCUGUCAGAAAUCUUCAUACGAUCUACGCCAACGCCAUUCGUCGACAGUUCACGGAGACAGACAGUUCAGAGUCAUACAGAGUUCUCGC